AUGACAUGCGGUAUCAUGGCCAAUGAGAACGACUUCAAGACUGAAGACCUAUCUGUAGAAAAGUGCGUUCUUCAGCCGCCGCAGCUUACUAAACUUUUUCCAAACUGGGUAUCAGCCAGUACGACAUCGGAGCUGGAAUUGUGGGGCGACAAUCUGUCUGCCGUUUUCACAACAUCAUCGAUCGACAACAAGGAUCGACGGGUUCGACUAUCGUUUGGCGGUACCCGCGAGAUAAAAAUUGUUGAAGGAAUUCUCAGUGAAAAUGGCAGAGUGAGAUGUGCGAUUCCUCAAGAGAUCGGGCAGCUGUUGACGCUGGAUAAUGCGAUAUCUACUUCGAAUAUAACGGGCGGCUCACCUGUUCUUGUAGAUGUGUGGCUUGGCGGGUUAUAUAACGCGCUUACGGGGUAUCCUCUACCGCUUUAUGUGUAUCAAAAGAUACCCGUCAUCCAUGCUAUUUCGCCGAUUGAUGGACCAACUUUUGGUGGUUUUUCGGUCAUGGUGGACGGUUAUGGAUUCAUCGACACUGGAAAUCUCGUUGUUCGCUUUCAGCCAUAUACUGGUGAGGAGGGAGCAACGACCGAAGAUGAAAAUAUAAGCGCAUUUGAAAGCCAAAACGAAUACGAUAACGUCUGGAAGGAGGAUGACUUGAGCGACAAGACUCAAACGAUGGUUACCAAGUCAGAGAUGGCUUACUUUGACGUGGUUGCAACCUAUGUUACAACUGAGAGAAUAAGUUGUACGGCUCCUUGUUUGCCACGAGAAGGACUUUACACAGUUCUUGUAUCUCUAAAUACCAUCGAGUUCAGCCCGAUCGGUACAAACAAUCGGUUUCUGGCUUGGCGAGACUGGCGAAAUGAAGAGCGAGCGCUCUCUUGCGUGCCUGUUUCUCAAGCUAAGACAGAUGACACUACCACCUAUGAUGUUUUUGCUCACCCCGCCAAAUGUUCCGCAUCGGUGGAGAGAGAUGAAUUUGAACGGUCACGACAACAACCAAGAUUCACGUUACCGAAAAAGAUUACUCCGACUGCAACUUCAGGAGUCAUUCUGACGCCGCAAACUGCUUGUAGCGUGGAUUCUGCUUUCGAUAACCACGUCGAAAAUGUAUUUGCCGAGAAAAUACUUUUGGAAGAUUUGUCCCGUCUUCAGUUGCCCUCUACCUCCUGGAUGAAUACCUAUACUAGCGGCCGGCCACUCUUAUCACUUCUUGAAUCUUUAUGCUGCGGUCGGGAGAGUCAGAAUAUUCUAUAUCGCCACCUGCAUUUAGCCUUUCAGCUACAAACAGGCGAAAACAGCUUCACAGAAAAGUCGUCAUUCCAGUUUCCCAUUUUUGUAAAUGCUAUCCGCACGAUUUUCCCCGAUGCACUGAUACGUGAUCUUAAAGAAUUAUGGCAUGCUUUUGAGCAUCAAGCUGACGGAUCGAUGACAUUCCAGCAGCUGCUUGUACGUCUAGAACGCUCCAAUACGUCCGGUCGGCGAUGCAAAAGCCCUGAACCAGGUCCAACGCAUUAUCAUCCGCGAUAUAGCAUCGUUUCCUCGCGUGAGCCAGCCGCCAUUAUACCACCCCGACCAACAGAAUCGACGCACGUCGUGAGUCCUCCGUCGACUCUCUAUAUGGAUUAUGACGUUGCCGUCAAAACUAUCAAGCCUCGGGCACCUCGGUCUGUGUUUUGCAAGCGAAAGUUUACAGCUUCGUGGUGCAAUCCAAUCGGCAAAUGUACACCAGAGCCAACCCCGCCAUGGUCACCGUCAUCCCUGAAAUCCAUACGUAGUCAAUCAAGUCAUCGCACAAAAGCCAGCAAAGAGACGUCGAAUGCCUCACAUGUCAAGAUCACUAAUGAUUUUCAAAGCAGUACUAUCAAAGCCAGUAUUGGUUAUCGAGGCGUUAAAGCCAGCGAGCUGCCAGUUAUUGGAAGACAAAAUCAGGCUGAUAUUUUUUAUCAAGAAGCAAUAGAACCAGAGAAACUCGAGUUGCGAAGUUAUCUUCAACGACAUCCUUCGCUCUUUCUGCAGACAAAACGAAGUUUCGACAGACUGGUGAUCUGA